AUGGCGAGUGGAGCACCGCCGAUGCAGAGCGUCCCGCCGAGCGGGAAGCAAAAGUCCAAGGCGUAUCUGUCGUCUGUUGCGAUCCAGAGCGAUGCGACCAAGUACCGCCAAAAGUAUAAGGAGCUGAAGCGCAAAGUGCGCGAGAUCGAGGGUGAAAACGACAAGCUCCAGGUGACGACGCUGCGCAUCAAGCGCAACAUCCAGCGCCUGCGUCUCGAGCGCGCAAUUCUUUAUGAGCGCAUGGAGGCAGAUAUGCGGACGAUGACGACGGCCAAGCCUCCGGCUACGGAAUCCGCGCCGAGCACCGCCUCGGCUCCGAAGGAGGAGGAGCCAGAAAUGGAUAUCGGCCUGGAACUCGAAAACACGGUGUGA